CGGUGUCCUUUAGGUUCUGUGGCGUUCAGUGGCCGAGGACCACGUUGCUCUGGGCCGUGCAGGCCAAGGACCACAGGAGUGAGCAGGAGGGAGGAGGAGAAAAGAAAAGUCCCGAGGUUUACGCGGGCCGGAGGCCGUCUCGGUUUCGUCUUCCUCGCACUCGGGGUGCGUCUCUUCUCCCUUGUCUCACUUUCUUAUGCACCCUUUAUUUCCGCCACUGGGUGUACUAG